AAUGAAAACAUAAUGGCGCAUGUUAGUCUCAGAAUUUAAGGCUAUCAAAGAUUUCGAAACUUUUGAAACUGUUAGCUACAUUUUGAGAUUAAUAAUAUGAAAACUCAAGGUCAUGUGAAUUUAUAACCUUGAAUAUUAUUGAACACAUCGUAUUCUGCCCUAACAUAAUAUUUAGAUGCUGUAUCGAUUUGGUCCUUUAGUGCGCAAUAAGAGUGUUUCUUACCUGAAUGCAUAUAGCCUGCAGCUAAAAUAAAUAUUAAACCAGCACGGAAGAGACAGAUGCAAAGCCACAAUAUAAAUGUACCUCCAAAAUUGUGACAUUACCCAGGUUUAUUUGAAACCAGAUAGUCUCCUUAAAAUAAGAUCUCAUUAUUACACGAAUGACAUCCCGUGUAAAAGCAUCAAAAGUCAGCGGAGAGUUUAAUGUCACCAUCGCUUUUGCGCAUUUAUCCACAUUUGUAUAGAAGAGGUUUUCAUCUACAAACAUAUUUGGAACUUUUAAAUACACACUGUAUAUCUAAAUACUUCUAGAAGAAAAAAAAAAAUCAUAUACAUCAGUGUAAAUGAAUUUGUCCUGGAGUCGUCUGUAACCCAAAACCGUUCGUGCCUGUCGUGCAAACAAAAUCUUCUUAAAAUAUAUUGGAUAUUUGUGUUUUAUUUGAAGAGCAGACAGCAUUUGUCCAUUAUUAAAUGAAGUCCAAGUUGUCACUCACGUAAAAUAUAGAUUAUAAUGAAGACAAGAAGGUGUAAAAGGGAGUUAUUGAAAUACCCCCACACAUUUUGGACGAGCAUGUGUGUACGAAAAUAAAUGUACAAAAAUACAUAUUAUGCCAAUGAGGAUGAAAGUAUUUACAGAUAAAAUAAAACAAUAUAAAAUACAAUCUUGUAAAUUCCUUUACAAUAGGCACACAUGCGCUGGGUGAAAGAUUUUUGAAGGCUAUAUAGAGCAAUUUGAGACAUCACGACUAACGUCGUCCUUUAGAAAUGUUUUUAAUUCAUACGACUUGAACAUUGAGACUGUUGCAUAUACAGACAAAACACAUAAGGAGAAACGUCCACCGGGACUCAGAAGCUUUGGCUACAUCCAGGAACUGUCCAAGGUGCUGUAUGAGGAAGACUUUUUCACACCUGUUCACCUAGUAUGAUGGCUAAUCGUUUAGCACACCAAAUAAACCAGGUCUCCAGUCAUUAAAUAUAUGGAAAGAAAUUCAGGCGUGCAUGUCUGAGGCAGCCUAUAUUUGUUGACAUUAAACAAAUUUCAGCUACAUCUGAGUGCCAUCAAUGUCAGACAAAAUUAAAAGAUUUUUGUUCACUUUCCUAUUGCAAGCCGUCGUUUAUUUUCUAAAACUAACUAAUAUAUAUUUAUAGUACAUUUUAAAAACACUAAUAAGUAAUGCAAUAAAGACCAUUUAAUUAUACUACAGGGAAAUUUUCAAAUAUCAGCUAGUAAUUUAUAGUAGGCCCAUGUAUUCUAACUCUUUUUACAAGAGGUACUACUAAUUAGUAUAUAUAUUUUUUAACUUUUUUUUUUUUUUUUUUUUAAAGAAAUUCUAUUAGCUUUUCCAAAAGUGAUUAUCUUAUUCAUUGUCUAGUAGGCUAACUAGGCUAUUCAUUAGACAUGUUGUUACUAGUCUACUCUUAACAUAAAAAUGGAUAGUUAGACUAAAAAGAAUAAAUGUAAAAACGGCUUGUCAUAGUAUUUCAUAUUACUACAUAUUUUUGAAUGAUUCCUUGAAAUAGUAAAUAAUAGACCAUAUGUGAGGGAGGGCAGCGCGCGUGCUCGGCUAAGAAAGUCCAGCGGGCGGGCGCGCGCGCUCUAGAGGUGCAUGGAGACGAGGAACUUCCUCAAGAGCCUAGCGACCGGGAGCGCGCCGAGCCGGUAAAUUAGUACACAAAGGCGAGUUUGCCCCGCACACAUUCACAUUAUGUUUGAAUCCCCGUGUAAAUCGAUAAAUGUCCUCAACGCGUGGUCGGAGAGUCAGGAAGAGUUGCGCGAGACUCAACCGGCGUCUCCUCCUCACGGGACGGGAAAGCGAAUCAAGAUAAAAAAGAAAAAGCGAAAACAGCAGCAAAGCGCGAAACGCUCCGUCUCGGCCCCUCAGUUAUGCACCGAUGACGACGAUCAGGAGCGUAAAGAAACGAAAUAUAGGCCGGACGAACCGAUUGUGAGAGGAAUCUUCCAAAUCGGGAAAAAUAGCCAUGACGUGGUUCUCACGGCAACGCGGGUAACAUGGACGCCCAUUCAUCCCGAGACCCCUACAGCUGACCGUAAUGUGAGGAAGCAGGAGGAGUAUGUGGAGCUGAAGGAUGUGUUUGCUGUGAAGGUGAAGCGGCGACGCUCCGUGGGGCAGCAGACGGGCGGGACUCUGCUGGGCAUCACACUCUUCCAGUGCAAGAAGAAAGGGCUCAAACUCAAGGACCAUGCCAUCCACCUCAACAACCUGAGCGUGGACCACUGUGAGACUUGGUUCAAAAGCCUUAAAGAGAUCCUCAGCGGUUUUAAGAACCGUCCCAAAUCUCUCAAAGUCUUCGUGAACCCCAUCAGCCACAAGAAAGAGGCGUACCAGAUCUACCUGGACAAAGUGGCCCCGCUCUUCAAGCUCGCUGACAUACAAGCCGAUGUCACCAUCACUAAGCGAAAGGGCCACGCUCUGUCCAUUCUGAAAGACUGCAGCUUGGAAGAAUAUGAUGGUGUGGUAUGUGUUGGGGGAGAUGGCUCUGUGGCUGAGGUGGCCCACGGGUUGCUUCUCCGAGCCCAGAUGGACGCUGGGAGGGACACAGAUUCCAUCUUCACGCCUGUCCAAGCAGCACUUCCUCUCGGCAUAAUACCAGCAGGUUCUACUGACGUGGUGGCGUGCUCUGUGCAUGGAAUAAGACGUGCCGUGACUGCAGCCUUGCACAUCAUCAUGGGUCAUCAUCAGCCUGUGGAUGUGUGCAGCUUUAGCUGUAUGGGUCGUCUGAUGAGGUUCGGUUUCUCUGCCAUGUUUGGUUUCGGUGGGCGGACGCUCGCACUGGCAGAGAGACACCGCUGGAUGCCACCCAGCCAGCGCCGCGAGUUCGCUCUCAUUAAAACACUGGCAAACCUCAAACCUGAAGACUGCGAACUGUCCUUUAUAACCAGCAGAGGAACCGAGGAUCAGACAAAAGCUGAGCGAAACGGAGAUGGAGGAGCCAUUUGUGAGGAUGACUCCUGGCAGACCAGACAUGGCCUGUACCUGAAUAUCAGCAUCAUGGCUAUUCCCUGCCUGUGUUCCAUGGCUCCCAGGGGCCUGGCUCCAAACACCAGGCUGAACAAUGGCAGUAUGGCGCUGAUAGUUGUUGACAACACCUCCAGGUCAGAGUUCAUCAAGCACUUGAAGAGGUACAGCAGCACAAACAACCAGUUUGGUUUCUCUUUUAUUGAGACACACACUGUAAAGGCAGUGAGGCUGCGGCCACGCUCUCAGGGAAGCUGGGCUGACGACGUCUCGGAAGAGAACGAGGAGUGUGAUUCAAAAACAAUGCCUAUCAUCUCCUCCGAAGGAACAUACCCCUGGAACAUUGACGGAGAUCUCUUGGAGGUCCCAUCUGAGCUCCUGAUCAGAGUUCAUCCGCAGCUCCUCACACUCUUUGGAGAAGACGUGGAGGAGGCGGAGGAGUCGCCAGUUAAAUGCAGCUGUAUCUGAACAAACAACCACACACACACACACACACACACACACACAAGAGAGAUUGUGCUAGAUAGCGCUAAGAGAAAUUGAACAAACAAAUUGCACAAAGCAAAGCUUUAACAUGUAUAUAUAGAACAUUUUAUGUCAGAGCAAAGCAUUUGACACAUAAUACAUUCCAGUGCAUAAAGAAUUUAAAUUAAACCAAAGUAAAAUUUUCAACAAUUUUUUAAAGACAGGAAAAAAAAAAAUCUUACAUUAACUUAUUAAAAAUACUGAUAUAAAAAAGCAAUGUGCUUUUUUUGUAUGCUAUUCCCUGAACAGUAGAGUUUUUUUUGCAUCUUUUUUUUUUUUUUUGCAUCUUGCAUCUUUUAUAUUAUAAAAAUCAC